GCCGUCCCGGCGGGUGCUUCGGCGCUUCCCCUGCUGCUCGUGCUCCUUCUCAGCAAAGUGACCGGUCUACCUGAGCUGCCAACUAGCAUCCUCAAAGUCCCUUAAUUUAGCAUUAAACGGCCUUCUGUUGUGAACUGUUCGUUAGUUAUACAAGAAACUUCACCGCCGCAUGGUAAGCUAGCUAACGAGUCUUGUAGCAGUUGUUUUAAUGUGUGUUCAAAACGUUAAACACCGAAUCCACUCACCGUUUAAGUGCUCUGCUUACUGGUGUCAAUGUCGUCUGAACAGGAGACACCAGUCGACAUUGACAAAAUUAAGCCUGCAGAAGACAGCUGGAGCCUUAAUUAUGUCACCGGGAACCUUUUCACCUGCCCGGAGGACGAGGCUCUGGCCCACUGCAUCAGUGAGGACUGCCGCAUGGGGGCAGGCAUAGCAGUCAUGUUCAAGAAGAAGUUUGGAGGGAUAGAGGAGUUAAAGGAACAGAAAAAGCUGACAGGACAGUGUGCAGUACUGAAAAGAGACAGACGUUUUGUCUACUAUCUGAUUACAAAGAAAAAGGCCAGCCAAAAACCAACCUAUGACAGCCUGACACAGAGCCUGGAGGAAAUGAAGACACACUGUGAAGAGAACGCAGUAACAAGAAUAUCAAUGCCUCGUAUCGGUUGUGGGCUGGAUCGGCUGCAGUGGAGCAGAGUGUCGGAAAUCCUGGAACAAGUCUUCAAACACACAAACAUCUCCAUCACAGUCUACAGCCUCCCUGAGAGAGCAGAGACGACAGUUAUGAAGGAAAACAAGCGCAGAAGAAUGAUGUAAAAGUUUGUUUAUUGUAACUAUAAGUUAAUGGAUUUUUCUGUAUUAUAUACCCACAGGAUAUGACCUCAAUGGUUAUCUUUUUCAUUGGGGGGAAAACUGUAGAUUAUUUGAAAAUAAAUGUCCUUUUUUGCAUAUCAA